CACUGCAUCUCUCUGGCUGGGAUCGCAUCUUACCAACCCCUUCUCCCCUCUCAUUCACUCAGGCAACUACGUUCAGGCUAAGACGACGUAUACGGCCUCUCCUCUCGCAGUUAGGAUCCAGUCUCCACACCACCACCACCACCAUCAUCUCUUCCAAGUUCGGAGCGGAAUCGAGAGGCUAAGUUUACCAUCGGGAGAAAACAGAGGAGAUUGUGUCAUGAAACAGGACUUGUUUAUCGGAGGACCUCUCCAGAUUGAGCGAAACAUGCCACAGGCGACCAACGAUUCAUUUCAAGAACAGAAAUCCAUCUCACUGUGCGCUGGAUGCGAUCAUCCUAUCCUAGACCGGUUUAUACUGAAGGUGGUGGACCGGGCCUGGCACGCCAAGUGUUUGCGGUGUGUCGACUGUAACGCUCAGCUCACCGACCGAUGCUUUUCCAGAGACGGCGGUGUUUUCUGCAAGGAAGACUUUUUUAAACGAUUCGGUACCAAGUGCUCUUCGUGCGAGAAGGGCAUCGCCCCGACCGAGAUCGUCCGCAGAGCCCUCGACAACGUCUAUCAUCUCCACUGUUUCUGUUGCAUCAUCUGCACACGACAGCUGUCGACCGGUGACGAAUUCUUCCUCAUGACUGACAACAAAUUGGUCUGCAAGCAAGACUACGAGGCAGCCAAAGCACGAGGGAUUUGCCGAGAUCCACAAGAGCAUCUCAAUCAAGAACUGGAGAUGGACAACAGUAACAAACGACCCCGAACGACAAUCACAGCCAAGCAACUUGAGACCCUGAAGACAGCCUACUCGAACAGUCCUAAACCUGCUAGACACGUUCGUGAGCAGCUCGCUCAAGAAACUGGACUCGACAUGAGAGUUGUCCAGGUCUGGUUCCAGAACCGAAGGGCCAAGGAAAAGCGGCUGAAGAAGGACGCAAACCGUCAGCGCUGGGGACACUACUUCCGGAACAUCAAACGGGUCAACGAGGCGAGCAGUCCGGCCAGUGGUCCAGAACCUCUUGCGUCACCGGUCAAGCUGGAACCCUCAGACCUGGACGACACGACCGUCUUUGACGGGGAGAUGGCUUUUGAUGAUGAUCACUCACCAGGUAUGCCUGAUCAUGGAAUCACAUUUCAGAACGACAGACAUCAUCAUGGCCCUCCCGGUAUACCCUUGUCGAGCCCGUACAUGAACCACUGCGAUUCGUUCCUCUCGCCCCCACCGACAGCCCCGUCAGUAAACAGCGGUUACCCCGUCAACAACCCCUCCCCGACCCUCCCCGUUCAACUCUCCCCGAACCACCACACCAACGGUCUCGGCAUGUCUGGGAUCCCUUUCUCGGAGGCCGCGGGCAUGCCGGGGAUCAUGAGCGCCGCCAGCCACGGCUUGGGCGAGGCCAUGCGGGCCGUCGUCAACCCGGGAGGUGAUAUGGGCGUGGUCACGCCACCACCCCCAGGCAGUUUCCACGAAGAGUUCUCCCAUCCGCAUCCCGGCCCCUGGUUAGAGCACCACUCCCUCCCCCAUCCACACCCACACCCUCACCCGCUCCCACAUCAGUAUUAAAGACCGGCUUCUCCGCAGAGAACGACUGGACACUACAAGACUAGUGUAAAUUAACUUUGACCUCGUGAUCGCCGAAUGAAUAUGCAUGAUAUGCAAAGUGGCCAGACUCUUUUUUGAAGGAAAGCGAGAUGUUGUGAAAGAUUUUACCAGUAGCUGCAUGGACUUUACGAGAAUAGCGGCUGAGAAAAAUUGGUGAAUUCCGAUUUAUAAUGAUUGUGAUUUGAUGAGUUAAUGUUAUCAAACAUUGUAUCAUACUGCGUGCAAUUUGAAUUUGAAUUAAUCAAACAAAUAUAAUUUUAAUCAUUUCUGUGAAGGACAAUAUUUGCAAUGUCAUAAACUUCAGUUCGCAAUGUGUUUGUACAAGACGUGUAUAUGGGUAUGUUUCAUUUCAUUUAUUCCACUGGUUGCAAUUAAUUUUGAGGACAAAAUGUUGAUAACUACUAUGACUUCAACACGUGUAAUCCCAAUUUGUUUAACCAAAAUACUUGCCGUGCUAUGCAAUUCAUUCAAAAUAUGUAUAUUCAACUCUUUCAAAAAAAUGUUUUCGUUUAUAUCCAAGUGCAAUCCUUUCCUCCAGAAGCAUUAUAUAGUCGUGGGUUCAUGCAAUCAAAACGUGCUACAAAUUUGACCAACUAUACGGGCAUCUUAUUUCGAUUCCAAGCUGAAAAGUUAUUUUGAAAAAUGACUGAAGAAUUGUAAUUCAUUCACUGUCUACAUGGAAAUAGUUUAUUUUAGCUAAUGAUAUACUGAUUGUCUAAGAUUUCAAGACCACAAUCGUUUUUUAAUUAAUUUAGAAUGGUAUAUAAGUGACAUAUUCAAGAGAUAUAAAACAAUACAUUACGUAACAUAAAAACGUAAUUUGUGACUUAACUGAAGUAGAACUUCUUGAAGAAUUUUUUUUUUUUUUUU